AUGUCCGAAGAUUCCUAUCUUGUGGCGCCUCCACCGUCCAUGAAGCGCAUCCCUAAAGCAUGCAGCGCGUGCCGCCAGUCCAAGGUGAAAUGCGACGGCAAGCGCCCGUGUACGCGAUGCGAGAAGAUCAAGAAGCAGUGUGUUUUCUUUGAGAUCCCAAAGGACCCUAUAAGCGAGCGGCUCGAGUCUGUCGAGUCCGAAGUCCGUCAGCUGCAGGGGCAGCUCGAUGAGAUGAAGCAAAUGCUUCGUUAUUCGCAAGUUCAAAAUAGGACGCAGGGUCAGGCCGGGCCAAUAACUGGCGCUGAGCAGCCAGGCGAUGCCGACCAGCAGAGGUGUCGAGAGAGUUUCUCGACAAUCGCUCCGCCGGUCAUCACUGAGAGUGCUACCAUUCUGGGACAGGACAGUAUGCCCUUGCAGCCUCCGGUUCAGGCUCCACAGGGAGAGACGCAUCGGCCGGCAAAGAGAAGGCGCUCUGGGUUUGAAGUCAGGGAAGAGCCGAUUUCCGAUUUCAUCAGCAAGGGUCUCAUUACGGUGGACUACGCGGUGGACUGUUUUACAGCGUGCGAUAGGUAUAUACCAAUCUUCGAUCCGAAAUACGACACUUUCGAAUCAGUGCGGUACCGGAGCAGCAUGUUGCUGAAUGCCAUCUGCACAAUCGGGAGCCGCGUGGAGUCAAGAUCCGGCUCCCAGCUGUCUGAGCUGCUCCAGACAGAGCUCAAGAAAUGGAUCAACGUGGUGAUCCAAAACGAAGCGUUGAAUUGUUUGGAGUCUGUUCAAGCGUUGCUGGUGAUCGCUUGCUACUCCGCCGAACGCUCCCUGAUCCUAUCAUUUGCGACCCGCAUGGCGCUCGAUUUGGGCCUCGACGAAGCAUUCGAGGAGCUAACACAUCGAUUGACUAUGAAGGAUGUGGAGGGAAAUCCGGAAAACGCCGGCUUAGUUCAACAGGAAAAUGAACUGAUGCGCAAGUCUCGAACGUGGUUCGGGCUGCUGGUCCUGGAGCAUAUAUUCAGUCUGGAUGGUGGUAAACCCCCGGGAAUCCGUAUGACGGGGAAUGCACGGCGAUGCCGCAAGUUGCUCCAUCAGCCUUCUUCCACCGUCUUGGAUCUCAGAUUAUUCUCACAAGUCGAGGUACUACAAAUCAACGAAAACUUAGGCGGCAAAACGCCCAUGACCCGUGCUGAUAUCGCAGCAUUCGUGCAGGAUGCUAAGCUUGAUUUGGAUCUUUGGUUUGAGGCCAUGUCUCCCGUCGAGCGAAAGAUCCUAUUAAUGGCAAAAGCCAGUGCCCGCAAACACCUCAGCCUCAUCACGAUCGAGCCUGACUCCUACCUCGCCAAGCUCAAAUACGCAAUGGAUUUUGUCUGGGCCAAGUGCGCCUUCUGUUUCCUCCUGCUACUCAAGUUGUCCCGUCUUCUUCCAGAGGGGAAGGAGGAGCACCAGGAACUCCUGACGCACGGGAACCGACUUCUAGACGACCUGACAAAGAGCGUGUCGAACAGUAAUGCGAUCAGUAACGGCAAUGUUUACCUACAGAUCCUUCGAUUGAGUAUUGAAAAGUACGGUCGCACGCUUCAAGAGAGUGGUCUAGGCCUCGAGGGAGAAGCCGCAGAUGCGGCUCCGUUCUGGGAGCUUUUUGAUGCUCAGACGGAGUUGACGUCUUUCGUGCCGGAACAGUUCGUCCGCGAGUGGGAUUUUCCCGGCCUGAACCUGUUCUAUUUCCCGACGACAUGGCAGGACUUUUUUGCAGAUUUUUCGUUGGCUGUCUGA